UCAUAACAAUAAUAAACGCCCCCUAACCUUAACGCACCUCGUUUAGGCUUCCUAGAGAAAUAAUUGACAGAUGAUCAGCUGAUGGACAUAAACAAUGUCACACAUUCAGUAUUUAGACGAAUUGGUGAAGGAAUAUCUGCUUUUCCGCGGUUUUAGUUUUACGUUGAGGUCGUUGGACAGUGACCUCAAGGCUGAUAAAGACAAAGGGUUUAGGGUUGAUCGUUUGGUUGACCAGGUUCUCACUCAUAUUCAGACAUAUGACUUGACAGGCUUAAGAGAACUAUGGGGGCAUCUAGACCGAAGAAUAUUUACUCGUCUUCCUCAUACUUUAUUGCCUUGUGUAAGGAAGCUAGAAACCAGCAUCUUGCGUCUGUACAUUGUAAAUAUAGUACAGACAAACAAGCCAGAAAAACUAACAGAAUUUUUUGAGAGGAUGGCCCCAGAGCUACAAAGCCAAGCUGAGUGGCGAGAAUGGUUCAUUCUACCUUACUUAAAAGGAGUAGAAGAAAAUCCAUCUUUUGCAAUGUAUUUCACAAGACAUUGGCAAGAUACUCUUCUAGUAUCUCUUCAUAACUUCUUGGCAGUUGUCUUUCAGAGUAUAGAACUACCUACACUGGCAAGUUACAGAGAUGAAUCAUCCAAAAUUGCCCAUCUACAAGAGGAAAAUGAACUUCUUCGUGCCCGAUUGGCUGCCCUAACAACAUGUGACCAACCUACACUGGAGCACCUAACUGUACCUGAUCCACCACCCCCUCCACAUCUCAUGGAUGAUUUUUACAACAUUGCUCAAGAAGCUCCAGCAUCAGAUAGCCAGCUAAAAUCAUUGAAGACUAUACUCUUUGGUCUAGGUGGAGGAUUACCGACAUCUCCAAUACUAGGUCGACGCAGUGUUGGUGGAACAUUUUCUGCCUCACCUCAACCUAGUCCUUCAGCUGCUCAACCACCUGCUACUUCAAAUCAUGGUGUAAGUGGUGUGUCUGGUCACCCAGUAGUGAGGAGAACUGCUUCUCAAGCACCAGCAGAGGAAAGAAAAAGAACUCGGUCUUCAAGUGUAGCUGGAACGUCAUUAAAUCGGGGUGCUGGUGAACAUGUUCCUGUCAAAAGACUAGUGCAGCCUAAUUCUGCAGCAUCAAGACCCUCCAGAUCACCAACUAAGAUUCGGCCUCAUGAAGAAGGGUCAUCUUCCAAGAGUGACUCUGCUAAUGACAAGUCAUCAUUCCUAUUACUUGGUCAGGAUGAAUACACAGAACACCGAUCAGUUGUUACACAUGCUGUAUUUAAUCCGUCUGGAACUUUAGUUGCUUCUGCUGAUACUGAUGGAGUUGUGAAGUUAUGGUCGCCUUCUCCUUCACCUAAGACACACAGUAGUUUAAUGGUAAAAAGUGCAGUGACAGCCGUUGAGUGGUUACCACGUGGAGAACGUUUUGUUUUAUUAGCCACAAAAACUGCCAGUUUACGACUCUUUGACACAAAAGACAAGAAAACUGUAUGGGACAUUGGGCCUGAUACUUGUUCAGUUCUUAAAGAUCAAAGAAUAAUGGGAGUACGAGUAAGUCCAGGAGAGACAAGCGCUAUUAUAAGUGUUGCUCCCAGGGUCAGGCCACAAGGGACAGCUACUCCUCCAGCACCACCUGCACUACACACCCUUGAUAUGAAGAGUCUGAAAGUAGAGAGUUCUUACAGACUUGAUGAGGGUGUUGUGAAUGGAUGCAUUAUGAAUCAUAAUGGUGGCCUUCUAGUUUGUGGCUGUAAUGAUGGAUCUGUCAGAAUUAUUGACUUGAGAUGUCCAGAUGUUAUAGCAUCCUGGCCAGCUCACCAAGGUGAAGUGUUCACUGUACGACUUUCCCCUCAGGAAAACAACAUAUACACAAUAGGGAGUGAUAACAGGUUUGCCUGCUGGAGCAUGGCCCAGACAGGUGCUCGCAUUAUGGAUCAUGUUCUUCAUGAGCGUGCUGCUGGACCUUUUCUUGUCGGUGUUGGUGGAGGUGGAUCUUCAGGUCGAAGUGUUCUUCUUCGUCCAUAUGGUCCAUUGUUUGCUCUUCAUCAAGAAGGGGAUCAUGUACUUACCUGCUCUCCAUCAGGUCCUAUUUUUUAUAGGAUUGGUGAAAGUAGUCUGGAACAAGUAUUGACUGCUGGAGGACACAAAUCUCCUGUAGUAACUGUCGAUUGGUGUAGUACUCUUCAAUGUGGCCUUUCAGUAUCAGCCUCUCUUGAUGGCACAGUAACUGUUAGCACUCUCAUGCAGCAAUGAGAUAGUUUUGUAAAAAGGUGUUUUGUAUCCAAAUAGAUCUGCAGUCUUUUUAUAAAGAUUUGUAUAAGUAUUUGUUAUCUUUUGUAACUUUAGAGUAUUUAUUUUCCUUAUGUCUCAUCGUGUGAGUAAGCUACUUGUGAUGAGAUUGCUGGUCAUUAUUUCUGUUCCAGAGCUUUAACUUAGUACCUCUGUUGAAUUGUUUGUAAUGAAAGAAUCUAAUUGAGUAAAUGCAGAAAGUGAAGACUUACCGUAACUACAGUGCAUGAAAAAUUGUGCUGAAAAUCAGUUUAAUGGCACUGGGACUUCCUCGUUAUAGCUUUGCAUGCUCAAUUGAUAAAUGAUGGUGGUGAUAAAUGUAGAUGAUAUAGAGGAAAAUGAACAAAAAACACAAAAUGCUUGAUAAUAUAUGUUGAAUUGAUUAUUUUAUUUUGCGUAUAUAAGCUGUAAAGAGAUUCUCUACAAAUGUAGCCUGGAUUGUACAGCUUGCUGUAAGGCCCCUGAUAAAGUAAACUGAUUAAUUUAUGGUGUAUUCUCACAUUUGUUGUAAAGUAUACUGUAAAAUAACAUUAGACCUUGAUUGUUCAUUAAUUUCAUAAGAAGGCUUUGGAUGAAUGAUAUACAAAUCUGAAACUAGUUUGUAAGAGUGAAGGUGUGAGAAGAAAAAUUUUUUCCUGUGGUGCUUUGACCUUGAUAAGACUGAAUAUUGUAGAGCAAUUGCAUAAUACAUAGUAAAAGUCUAACUAGUCCUGGUUUGAAUUGUGAGAUUUGCAGUGCAACAGAAAUGAACAUCAGCAAAUGGCCAAAAUUUCCUAGAACAAAAGAUGUCUUCCAAAUUGUUCAUAUAACUGUUUACAAAGCAAUUGCCUUUUAGAUUUGGUUAAAGCCCAUAAGUUUAAAUGUAAUCCAGAAGACUGGAAAUAAAAAUAAAAAGUCUGGCAAUCUAGAAAACUCCAAGUUUAAAAUUACUGUGUUAUCACAGAAAUUAAAUGUUAUCUUAGAAAUGAAAGUUUAGUGUCACUAAUUUUUUGUUUAUUUUAUCAUCUGACUUUUAUAAGUUACAAAUUUUUCUUGUGAUGAUUAGUUUUUAAGAAUUUAGUGUCAUUCCUGGAUGAUAGACAUUCCAUUUACUUAUGAUCAUUUGCAAUGCCUCCUAAGUGGUAUGAGUAAUCAUUGUAAAUUUGGAAAGAUGUAAGAAGAGCAUUUAGUUUUUUAUUUCAUAAUUUUAUUUGGAAGUUUUCCUUAAUUAAGAAACUACAGAAUGUAUUAAUUAUAUGAGGUAUUUGUAAAUUAAUUGAAAAAUCACACUCUAAAGCUAAA